AUGCACCACCCGGCCCCACAAACACAAGCACCGCUGGUGGUGGUGGUGGCGGCGGCGGCGACGGGUGUUCGGGAGUGGGGUUAGUGUUAGCUGUCGGCGUAGAACACCGUCUCAUUCCGACGGACACCUUCCGCCUUCCAAUACGAGAAAAGGCCACCUGGAUGCAUCCUGGGUCAUGACAUUAACACCCGCCGGAUGAUGUCCUCGUCCGCGAGUGAGAUCACUGGGACGGGCUGCUGUCAAAAGCGGUGUCGCGUGUCGAAGAUUGAACCGGCAAUCGCAUCGUCAUCUCUAAUAAAUGGGUCCGCCUACAGCCUCGCAGGAGACAUCAAGGAAGAUGGCCCCCAGAUAAGCUGAAUAUGGCAUCAUUGUAUAUGCAUACUCAACAUCUUCAUUUCGGUAGGGAGAUAGCUCAACGGCCAGACAACAUUCCAGUCGCCGCCGGCGCUGAUGGGAACCUCCGUGGAGAACCCAUGGGGUCAACAGCGGGACGCCGUCCAGUCGACCGCGCUGGUCGUUCUCUGUCGCGCACACCCCUAGCACCAUGACUAAUUCGACGAAAACGACGCCGCCAUCAACAGUCUGCUCUCCGAGAAGGACCUCCUACACAAAGCCUACGUCGACCGCCCCUCCGACGACAACAGAGCAACCUUCUGCCGUAGUCGUCGCCUUGUAAAACAGCGGCUGCGCGAGAUGCAGGACGCCUGGACGGCUCGAAAUGCCGAGGGGAUCGAAGAAUAAGCGGACCGCAACGAGUGGAAGAAAGCUUUCUCCACAAUUAAAGCUGCCUACGGUCCGCCAACUGAGGCAACUGGACCUCUUCUCAGCGCCGAAGAAACUAUCCUACUAACCGAGGAGACCCUAACUCUACUGUGAUGGGCCGAACGCUUCAGAGGCGUCCUCCAUCGUCCCUCCAUCAUCUCGGACACCGCCAUCGCCGUCUGCCGCAAGUGGAGACCGACGUCGACCUCGAUCUCCCGCCCUCUCCCCAAGAAACCAUCCCGGCCGUGCUGCAGCUCCCCAGCGGGAAAACGCCCGAAUCGAGCGCGAUCCCUGGUGAGAUCUACAAGCACGGUGGCCUUCAACUCAUGGAUCAUCUGGCGGCGAUAUUCCAGGAGAUGUGGUGUCAAUGAGAAGUCCUACAGGAUUUCAAGGAUGUCACAAUUGUACAUCUAUACGAACGGAAAGGAAACCGUCAGCUCUGCGAAAACCACCGAGGCAUCUCCUUGUUGAACAUCGCCAGGAAUAUUUUCGCUUGCAUUCUCCUCAGCAGUCUGAAUAAUCAUCUAGAAGAGAGCCUUCUACCGGAAAGCCAGUGCGGCUUCCGUCGUCAUCGCGGGACCACGGAUAUAAUCUUCGCCGCUCGUCAGCUACAGGAGAAGUGUCAGGAGAUGCGGACCCACCUGUACUCUACCUUCGUGGACCUGACGAAAGCCUUCGACACGGUGAAUCGUGAAGGACUGUGGAAGAUCAUGCAGAAAUUCGGUUGUCCGGAGCGAUUCAUUCAGAUGGUGCGUCAGCUGCACGACGGCAUGAUGGCGCGAGUCACGGACAACGGAGUUGUCUCAGAGGCAUUCGCAGUGACCAACGGAGUGAAGCAGGGAUGCGUCCUGGCGCCCACCUUCUUCAGUCUGAUGUUCUCUGCCAUGCUGAUAGACGCCUACCGUGACGAACGUCCCGGGAUCCGCAUCGCCUGCAGUACGGAUGGCAACCUCCUCAAUGAACGGCGGAUGCACUUCCAAUCGCGCGUAUCUAUAACCGCAGUUCACGAACUUCUCUUCGCCGACGACUGCUCCAUAAAUACCACCUCGGAAGAGGACAUGCAACGGAGCCUGGAUCUCUUCUCCACCGCCUGCGACAACUUCAGUCUGGUCCUUAACACGGAGAAGACGGUGGUCAUGCAUCAACCGCCAUCCGGCACAGCCCCCCACAACGCGCUGCAAAUCGUUGUGAACUGA